UGAAACCUUAUAUUAUAUUAUAUAUAUAUAUUCUCUUUAAUUAAUGGAAUUUAAUGGGUUUGUUAUUCGAAGCUAUGAAGAUCAUAAUGAUGAAGGCCAAUUCUCUGAUAAAGCUCAAGUCUUAGACCUUGAAAGAAGAUGUGAAAUUGGCCAAUCAAAACGUGUGUUUCUCUUCACUGAUAAUUUGGGUGACCCCAUUUGUAGGAUUCGUAAUAGUCCUAUGUAUAAAAUGCUGGUUGCUGAGUGUGACAAGGAAGUGGUUGGUGUUAUUCAAGGAUCAAUAAAAGCUGUCUUUUUUACUCCUCAUAAACCCCCGCCACCCGGCUUGGUGGUUAAAGUGGGAUACGUUCUUGGUUUGAGAGUGGCUCCGCCGUAUCGCCGCCGUGGGAUUGGGGCUGCCCUCGUUCGCCGUUUGGAAGAUUGGUUUGUUUCCAAUGAUGUUGAUUAUUGUUGUAUGGCUGCUGAGAAAGAUAACCAUGCCUCUCUUAAUCUCUUCAUCAAUAAUUUGAGGUACAUAAAGUUUAGAACUGGAAGAAUUUUGGUAAACCCAGUAAGAAACCAUCCAUACAACAUCAAUUCAUCAGAAAUCAAAAUUCAAAAGCUAAAAAUAGAAGAUGCAGAAGCAAUAUACAAAAAACACAUGGCCUCAACAGAGCUCUUUCCCAAAGACAUAAAAAACAUAUUGAAAAACAAGUUGAGUUUAGGGACAUGGAUGGCAAAUUUCAAACAACAACAUUAUCCGUUGAGGUCGUCGUCGAGCACCACAGGCGGAAACGAGCAAAGCAGCUGGGCCAUUGUAAGUCUAUGGAAUAGUGGGGAAGUUUUCAGGCUAAGGCUAGGAAAAGCACCAUUUGCAUGGGUAAUUUACACAAAGAGUUUGAAAAUUAUGGACAAAAUUUUGCCAUGCUUUAAGCUUGUUUUGGUGCCUAAUUUUUUCAAGCCAUUCGGGUUCUAUUUUGUUUAUGGAUUGCACCAUGAGGGGCCUUUUUCUGAGAGAUUGGUUGGAGCUUUGUGCAAAUUUGUGCACAAUAUGGCAAUGAAUAAUUCAAAGGAUCAUAAUUGUAAAGCUAUUGUUACUGAGAUUAGUGGUGAUGAAGAUGAUGACCUGAAAAUGGAGAUUCCUCAUUGGAAAUUGCUAUCAUGUUAUGAAGAUUUUUGGUGCAUAAAGUCCUUGAAAAGUAAGAAAAAUAAUAAUAAUAUCAGCAAUGAUCAUGAUCAUGAUGAUCAUAUAUUGGAAUGGACAAAUACCCCACCUAUUAGAACUCUUUUUGUAGACCCAAGAGAGGUAUAAAAGAAUAAAAAGAAAAAGGCUUUCAACCCUUUCUCGACACGUCUCAAUCUAAUUAUUGUUCGUACUUGAGAACAAAGCGAAAGUAAAAGAAGAAAAGUUAUGAAGAAGGAAGGACAACGACGACUUAUGAACUGAAAUUGUAAAUUUAUUUGUCUUUUUUAUAUGGAUGUUUCUUGAUUUAACUAAGUCUCUAAUUGUAGUAUUGUAUUCAUGACUAAAUAUGAAUUAAAAGAAAAUAUCAACAUCGUUAUCGUUUUCUAUUAGUAAUA